AUGCUGGACUAUGCUGUUGUCCAUCGGGAAGCGAUUGACACAGUCACUCAGCGGCGUGACCUAGGAUUGUGCAAGUUUGAGCUUGUUGACAGUGAUUGGGAGAUUGUCAGCCAGUUGCAGGAUGUAUUGAAGGACGCGAUUUUAUUUUUCUCGCGGGGGAUGCCGAACCUUGCAAAGGUUAUUCCCGCAAUGGAUUUGAUUGAUGAGCGACUCACCACCUACUCACACAACCAGAAAUAUUCCCCUUCUAUCUGUGUGGCUGUUUGCCUUGCAAAACGAACCCUCAACCGGUACUACCAGUUGACAAACAAGUCUGAGGUAUACCGGAUUGCUAUGGUACUGCAUCCACACCAUAAAUUGGCCUAUUUCAAGAACACAUGGUGGGAGGACACCUGGAUUGAGACUGCAGCCACACUUGUCUGCAAUGAGUUUGAACGGUCAUACCUUGAGGUGGGGAUUCAAGAGAAUGGUGAUGAUUUUGAGGUGUCAAAUACUACGGCUUAUGAGAUAUGUGUUUUUCUUUAUUUUUGCACAGCUCAUUAA